GAAGUAGCCAUUGAUGAAUGAUUUAGGUUUGAAAAAUGUGGAAGCAGGCACAAUCUCUGUUCGCUGAAGAAGAAUAUGAAGAUUCACAAGACAACUUGUUGGAGGAAGCCGAAGGUCUCUGUUCUUUAUCUCCCACACAGAGAUUAUACGGCUUCGCUGCGUGUGUGUUAGCUGGACUCGUUUGUAUGUUCCUGUCAACGAUUGUGUUUGCCAUACCGAUUAAGUUUGCUGUAUUAUUUACCUUUGGCAACUUGUUGGCUGUUGGAAGCACAGGCUUCCUUAUGGGAGCUACACGACAACUCCAAAUGAUGUUUGAUUCAGUUCGUAUAUAUGCCACGGCUAUUUAUAUUGGGUUCGUUGUUCUAGCUCUCAUUUGUGCUCUUUGGAUUCACAGUAAGCUGUUAACCAUCCUGGCUAUAUUAUGUGAGAUAUGUGCACUUAUCUGGUACAGUUUGAGCUACAUACCUUUUGCUCGUGCAAUUGUUUCAAAAGUGACGAUCCGUCUCUUUGACACCGAGAUUUGUUAGGCGAAGGAUUUCUAAGAAACUAUGAUCCACAUUGAUUGUGGAAAACUCAGUGAGUUUUUUUCGACCACCUUUCCUUAAUCUUGGUGUCGUUGGCUACGCAUGUUAGUGUGUUUUUCGUGUGCCAUCAUCGUAGUCGGUUGCCAUUUGAUUUCUUGAAUAAUUUUAUAUUGAAAUUUCACUCAUCUUUGUUGUUAUUUUACGAGUGUGACUUUUUUUGUCAAACCGGAAGAUUUAGAGGAUUUUUUUUCGGAAUCGUGUUCUAUGAAAAACGAUUGUUUGAU